AGCAAAUCAAGAACACGGCCAGGUUCAUGAACCACCGAGUCCCUGCCCACCGGAGGUACCAGCCCACGGAGUACGAGCAUGCCGCCAACUGCGCCACCCAUGCUCUCUGGAUCAUUCCCAGCAUCCUCGGCAGCUCCAACCUCUACUUCCUGUCGGACGAUGACUGGGAGACCAUCUCUGCCUGGAUCUACGGCCUCGGCCUCUGUGGGCUCUUUGUGGUGUCCACCGUGUUCCACACGAUCUCCUGGAAGAAGAGCCACCUCAGGACGGUGGAGCAUUGUCUGCACAUGUCCGACCGCAUGGUCAUCUAUUUCUUCAUUGCGGCCUCCUACGCGCCCUGGCUGAACCUUCGCGAGCUGGGCCCCUGGGCCUCCCACAUGCGAUGGCUGGUCUGGAUCAUGGCCUCUGUUGGCACCAUCUAUGUCUUCUUCUUCCAUGAGCGGUACAAGCUCGUGGAGCUGCUCUGCUACGUCAUCAUGGGCUUCUUCCCCGCCCUGGUCAUUCUUUCCAUGCCCAACACCGAGGGCAUCUGGGAGCUGGUGACCGGAGGGGUCUUCUACUGCUUGGGCAUGGUGUUCUUCAAGAGUGACGGGAGGAUCCCCUUUGCCCACGCCAUCUGGCAUCUCUUUGUGGCAUUUGGUGCUGGUACCCACUACUAUGCCAUCUGGAGGUACCUGUAUCUGCCCAGCACCCUGCAGGCCAAGGUGUCCAAAUGA